CAGUUUGUUUAGCGCAUGCGUAAAGCGAGGAGUCCUUGGCUGCGUUGGCUGCAGUAGGUGAACCGCACUGUUUCGGGACACUGUCAAAAUGCAGACCUGGAACCAGCUUUAUCGUGCCCUUGCAGCGCGAGGUCAGCACCUGCCUUGCAAACUACACGGAGCCACAGCAUUGUCUCUGAGAACGUAUGCUGACAAAGCUGCAAUCGAUGCUGAUGUCACGGUGGUGGGGUCAGGACCUGGAGGGUAUGUUGCUGCCAUCAAAGCUGCACAGCUUGGUUUCAAAACAGUGUGUGUGGAAAAGAAUGCCACCCUUGGAGGGACCUGCUUAAAUGUCGGCUGCAUCCCAUCAAAGGCUUUGUUAAACAACUCUCAUCUGUAUCACUUGGCACAUGGAAAGGAUUUUGAAAGCAGAGGUAUUGAAAUCCAAGGGAUUUCGCUGAAUUUGGAGAAGAUGAUGGCACAGAAGAGCGGUGCUGUCAAAGCCUUGACAGGAGGCAUUGCACACUUAUUUAAACAGAAUAAGGUCACGCACGUCAAUGGGAUUGGAACUGUAACCGGGAAAAAUCAGAUCACUGCAAAGACAGCUGAUGGUGGUGAGCAAGUCAUUAAUACCAAAAACAUCCUUAUUGCCACAGGAUCAGAUGUCACACCAUUCCCAGGCAUCGAGAUCGAUGAAGAAACUAUAGUAUCCUCUACAGGGGCUUUGUCCCUUAAGAAGGUCCCUGAGGAGCUGAUCGUUAUUGGAGCCGGAGUUAUUGGAGUAGAGCUGGGCUCAGUCUGGCAGAGACUGGGUGCCAAUGUGACAGCAGUGGAAUUCCUGGGUCAUGUCGGUGGGCUGGGCAUCGAUAUGGAGAUCUCCAAGAAUUUCCAGCGUAUUCUCCAGAAACAGGGCAUGAAGUUCAAGCUCAGUACCAAAGUAAUGGGUGCCACCAGGAGGCCUGAUGGCAAGAUUGAUGUGGCAGUGGAGGCUGCUGCUGGAGGCAAGAACGAGACGCUGUCAUGCGACGUGCUGCUGGUGUGUAUCGGCCGGCGCCCUUACACAAAUAACCUCGGCCUUGAGAACGUCGGUAUUGAGCUGGACAACCGUGGCAGGAUACCAGUCAACAACCGCUUCCAGACCAAAGUGCCCAGUAUUUAUGCCAUUGGUGACGUGGUAGCUGGUCCCAUGCUGGCACACAAAGCAGAGGACGAAGGCAUAAUAUGUGUUGAGGGAAUGGCAGGAGGAGCCGUUCACAUUGACUACAACUGUGUUCCUUCAGUCAUCUACACACACCCUGAAGUGGCAUGGGUCGGCAAGAAUGAGGAGCAGCUUAAGGAAGAAGGUGUCCCAUAUAAAAUUGGCAAAUUCCCCUUCGCUGCUAAUAGCAGAGCAAAGACUAAUGCUGAUACAGACGGCCUGGUGAAGAUCCUGGGUCACAAGGAGACAGACAGAAUGCUGGGAGCACACAUCCUUGGAUCAGGAGCUGGUGAGAUGAUCAAUGAGGCUGCACUAGCAAUGGAAUAUGGAGCAUCAUGUGAGGAUGUUGCGAGGGUCUGCCAUGCCCACCCAACUGUUUCAGAGGCCUUCAGAGAAGCCAAUCUUGCUGCUUCAUUUGGAAAAGCGAUCAAUUUCUAGAUUAAAUGAUACAUGUAUAUAAUUGUCAGUUUUAUUACUGGUUUCAGUACUUUGGUACAGCACACAUUUAAGAUCCUGAAUCCUUGAGUUUUCAGGAGAAGGCAUCAGGCAAAACUACAGUAAAACUGUAUUCCAUUUAGUAUGUUAUUUAAAUGUUCUAAUAAAGGAGUUGGGUCUUA